AUGGAUACAGGUGAACUUAUUGUAAUUUUAUUUGGUGUUUUUAUAAGUUUGGGGGCAUUAAGUAAUGGAAGCAGUGGUGUGCUUGGUAUUGUAUAUUUGAUUGAUCAAAAGUACUACGUUGCAUCAGCCUUUACAAUAAUUUUUCUUACAAUGGUUUUAAUUCAAACAAUCUUACAUAUUAUUUUAACAAUUCAAGUUUAUAAUCAUUACAAAAGUUUGGAAUCAAAUUCAUUUUUUUCACUUAAUAAUAACGUUGGUAGUGGUAAUGAUGGUAGUAGUGGUUUCAUAAUUGUUGGAAGCGUCAUUAACAAUCCCAAUCCUAAUACUGGUGGUCGUGAUGGCUUUACCACUGCUGGUUACACGCUUGGCAGUGGUCGUCGUGUUAGUAGCGGAAAUUAA